AUGGACCGACUUCUCUCUUCCAUUGCUGCAAAGGACAAGAGCCUCGUCUAUGUGCGUAGGGUAGCAUCGCUUGCAUCACCCUAUCUUCUCCCCCUCUUCUCCCCCCGCACCCUGUCUUCUCCCCCUCUUCUCCCCCAGCACCCUGUCUUCACCCCCUCUUCUCCCCCCGCGCCCUAUCUUCUCCCCCUCUUCUCCCCCCGCGCCCUAUCUUCUCCCCCUCUUCUCCCCCCGCGCCCUAUCUUCUCCCCCUCUUCUCCCCCCGCCCCCCUCCUCCUCCCCCCCUUUCAGCUGUGGGAGCUGUUUCUCAAGACGUCACGAGCGGACUUCAAGCUGCUGCAGCAGCGCCUGGAGGCCGCGCUGCUGGAGGUGCAGGCCGUCAAGUCACAGCUGAUACUGGAUAUGCCUGCUCUCAACGUCUCCUUCUCAACCCUCUCCGACUCCUCACUCCCCUCGCCCGCCAACGCCUCCUCCGCACCCUCCCGGGACACCAGCUUCGCACCCCCACCGCACUCCACCGCCCCCUACUCCCGCUCCUUCUCCAACAACCAGCUCAACCCCCACGGCAGCACCAGCAGCGCGGAGCACACCAACCUGCGCCCGCCCUUCACCCCGAAACCCACCACCUCCGAAUCCGCCCUCCUCCCAGUCACCAUCUCCUCUUUCUCCUCCGCCGCCCACCCCUCCUCGCUCGGUUCCUCCUCCAGCAGUCUGCAGCUGGGCACCCCCUCAGGGGGGGGCGGGGGCGGGCCGGGGAUCAAGGAGCCGGGGCAGUUUGCGUCGGCGCGCAUGCUGAGCAAGUGGGGCGGGGCGGGGGGGGAGAGUGCGGUGGAGAAGGAGCUUCAGCGCAAGGAGAUGAUGCGGCGCGCGCUGAUCGAGGAGAAUAAUGAGCUCAAGGAUCGGCUGGAGGAGAGGGAGAAGCGGGAGAGGCAGGCGCUGCGCAAGGCAGAAGUCAUGAAGCAGGAUGCGGAUGCGACGAGGAGCCAGCUGCAGGCGAUGCAGCAGCGGCUGGAGGAGGAGGAGGCGCAGCGGCAGACGCUAUUGAGGGAGCUGCAGGCGCUCAGAACCCAGGUGCAAGGCGAGGAGGGGUUGCAGGGGAGUGAUCAGAGUAGUGAGAGGGCGAGCAGAGAGAGAGAGGAGGAGAGGGCGAAGAGGAAGGAGAAGAAGGAGAAGAAGGAGAAGAAGAGUAAGGAGGAGAAGAAGGAGAAGAAGAAAUCCAAGGAGAAGAAAGCAAAGGAGAGCUCAAAAGAAGGAGUGAUUGACGGGGAGGAGGAAACGCAGCAGCAGGAGGCGCAGCAGCAGCAACAACAGCAAGAACAGCAAGAGCAGCAAGAGCCUGACUUUAUGUCGGCUAGUUACCACUCCUCAGACGCCCUAUCAAUCUACACUCCGCUGUCCUCCCUUGAGAUUGUGAGUGCAACCAAUCUGCCUGUGCUGUUCGUUUGCAACUCUACCAGCACGAGGGGAGUAGCGUCUGCAGGAAUGGGUGAGAAGCAGGGGAUAGCAGCCGCACAUGCAGCACGAGAAGGCAUUGGGGUAAGGUGGGCAGUGGUGAGAGAAAAGCUAGGGAGGCUGCAGCAGGAGAGGAAGGGGGAGGGGCAGGAGGAGGAGAAGGUGAGGCAGGAGGAGGGGAAGGUGGAGCUUGGAGAGGUAGACAGGCGAAGAAUACCAUCCAAGGGUGAUGUAGCGGCUAUGGAUAUGGUGCGAGUGAGGGAAGUGGGUUCUGCUGAAAGAGAAAGCAAAGGGCGAGUUGAAGGGGUUGGGCGAGGGCAAGAAUUAGGAACGGAGGGAGCAGGGAUUGAAGGAGCAGGGAGGGAAGGAGCAGCAGGAGCAGAAGCGGCAGAGAGGAUUUCAUCAGCCCACAAUCCAACAAAGUGGCUCAUAUCACGAGUCAUGACCCGGCACAAGAGCCACAAAUAUCUGUGGGAGAAAUUUCUCAAGUCCACCCGAGCGGACUUCGCGGGACUGCAGAGGCACGUGGUGGACGUGGGCGUGCAGAUGGAGCGAUUGCGGGAGGAGAACCAGAUGCUCAGAGAGGCGCUGCAGCAGCAGCAACAGCAGGUACGGGAUAGAGACGGGCAGUCCGCACAGGUACUGGAGGUGUGGGGGGGUGUAGGGGAGGAGGAGGCGCAGGGGAGGGAGGCGGUGCAGCGAGAGCUGGUGGAUGACGGCAGUGAGCUAAAGACUCCCCAGGCUUCUGAGGCUUUAAGGGCUUCUGUAUCUUCUGAGGCUUUAAGGGCUUCUGUGUCUUCUGAGGCUUUAAGGGCUUCUGCGUCUUCUGAGGCUUUAAGGGCUUCUGCGUCUUCUGAGGCUUUAAGGGCUUCUGCGUCUUCUGAGGCUUUAAGGGCUUCUGCGUCUUCUGAGGCUUUAAGGGCUUCUGAGGCUUCAGGGGCACCUCAAGAAGCUCUGCCAGAGGGGAACAGCGAACCAAACGCUUCUGAAGCGUUAGAGGCUUUGGAUGCUGCAGGGGUGCCUCAAAGGUCACUGGUGGAGGAGAACAGGGAGCUGCGGGAGAGGGUGGAGGAGAGGGAGAGGGCUGUGAGGGCGGCUCAGAGCAGCGCGGACACUCUCGCCAGUGAGCUGGCAGCAGCGCAGUCCCAGUUGUCAGCAGCGCAGCAGCAGGCGCAGGAGGAGAGGGAGGAGCAGCAGAGGCUGGCAGGGGAGCUGAAAUCCAUGCGGGCGCUGCUGCUGCAGCAGAUGCAGGCUGUGGCGGAACAGAAGGAGCUCAUUGAGCGGCUCCUCGAGCGACAGCAGCAGCAGGCUGAGGUUUUAGAGUCAGGAGGGUCAGGGACAGUGGGCCCAAGGGCAUUGGGGUCAGAGCCUGUGGGAAAAGGGGCAGUGGGAUCAGGGGCAGGGGUAUUAGGGGCAGGGGAAUUAAGAGCAGGGGAAUCAGGUGCAGGGGAAUUAGGGGCAGGGGAAUCAGGGGAACGGGAAUCAGGGGCGGGGGAAUCAGGGGCGGAGGAAUCAGGGACGGAGGAAUCAGGGACGGGGGAAUCAAGGGCGGGUGAAUCAAGGGCGGAGGAAUCAGGGGCGGGGAAAUCAGGGGUGGCGGAAUCAGGGGCAGGAAAACUAGCGGCAGGGGAAUUAGGAGCAGGGGAAUUAGGGGCGUUGGAAUCAAGGGCAGGGAGUUCAGGGGCAGGGGGUUCAGAGGUAGCGGGGUCAGAGGUAGUGGAUUCACAAAUGGGGGGUUCAGAAGCAGUGGGGUUAGCGACCGAGAUGGCAGAAAGCAAGGCGACUGGUGUGCUGAAACGGGUGGUGCAGACUGCGGCAAAGGGGGAGUGA